GAAGAAGGUGCCCUUCUGAAACCGCAGGCCAAAGAACGUGUUGUUGGUGUAGCUUGGCGCCAAAAUGGGGGACACUCGGCCUGGAUGGAUGAAGUAAGUGACUAUUGAGGCAGCGAGAUACUUGUGUGUCUGGACUGUGUGGUGUGUCUGGAAUGUGUUGGUGUGCAGGAAGGUGCAGCCGUUCUUCGUAGGAGGCUUCGCUGGAUGUACAGCCACCUGCUGUGUGAGCAAACACACUCUUUUUCAGGAGGAAACACACAGAUAAUAGGUGUGACAUCAGGGCCUCUCACUCUGUGUGUGUGUGUGUGUGUGUGCGUGUGUGUUUGCAGGUUCAGCCCAUCGAUAUGAUCAAGGUGCGCAUCCAGCUCGUCGAGAAGGGGUGAGAAAAGACCAACACACGAGCCCCUCAGGCACGUCUGAGUGUGUCACCUGUGGGGUCAUCGUUCGUCACGUCAGCGGCAACAAGAAUCCGUUCACGAUAGCGACCAAGUUCAUCCAAGAGGAGGGCAUUUUGAACCUCUACAAGGGCCUGGACGCGGGCAUCAUCCGGCAGAUCACCUACACCACCACACGAUUGGGAGUCUUCAGAGUCACGUGCGACGCCAUGCAACAAGGAGGUCAGUCAGUCAGUCAGUCAAGGAACAAACACGAACCCAACACUCAGCUACAUUGAUUGUAUUGAUUGUGUCUUCGGGGGUGGAUGGGGCUGAUUGGUCCCUGCACUGAUUGCAAUGGUGCCCUCCCUCAUUCCCUCAGACAAGCCGCUUCCCCUGUGGCAGAAGAGUGUGGCGGGCCUGUGGGCUGGUGCAGUGGGUUCGGUGAUCGGCAAUCCCGCCGAUCUCUCACUCAUCCGACUGCAGGCCGACCCCACACUGCCCGUCGAGCAGCGGAGGCACUACAAGGGUAAGUAAGCCAGGCAGGCAGCCACGAUAGAUACACCACACCCUAGUGCAGCCGAUGGACGAUCCAUGUGUGGCUUGAUGUGAUGCAGGUGUGUUUGACGCGUUGUACCGCAUCCCGAAGGAGGAGGGGUUCUUCGCCCUCUGGAAGGGGUGCACGCCCACAGUCGUGCGAGCCAUGGCACUCAACCUCGGUAUGGAUGGAAUGGACUGGAAUGCGUGUGGGGCCGACUGACUGACGCAGGACGGACGAAUGGAUGAUCCAUAUCGCUCUGUCUGCCCAUCCGUGUGUGUGCUUUUAGGUCAGUUGGCGUCGUUUGACCAGGCCAAGGAGACCAUCGCCCACUACUACGGCAAGGGACAGUGGCAGACGCUCCUGUAGGACGGGAAACCGGCUCUCACACACUGCCUGACCACAUCAACCAUCCCAAGGAGGGAGCCAUUGCUGUGUGUGAUGCUUGGUUAUGUGUCUUGUGUGUCAGUGCAAGUGCCAUCUCGGGUUUCUUCGCGGUGACGUUUUCGCUCCCAUUCGACUUCAUGAAGACCAGAAUACAGAAACAAAAGGUCGGUCACUGACACACCUGACCUGCAUGACACUGACACCCAUACACACCGACCGCUGUGUGGGGCUGACUCUAUGGUCGAUACUCUCUCUGCUCUUUAUGUGUGUGUGUGCGUGUGUGCAGCCUGACCCGGUCACGAAGGAGUUGCCCUACAGAAACAUGUUCCACUGCUUCACAAAGGUAGGUCAGCCAGAUGCCAAGUCGAUGGAGGCGUGGUCUCUAUCUCUCUCUCUCUCUCUCUGUGUGUGUGUAGGUGAUGGCUGAGGAGGGUCCGCUGGCCUUCUACAGCGGCUACCCCACAUACUACGUCCGUAUCGCACCACACGCCAUGAUCGUAAGUCGACAUACACACACACACACACACUCACUCAGCUUCGCGUCGGUCGGUCGGUCGGUCGGUAUCUGUAAUUGUUAAUGUUUUGUCAUUGGCUGGUUUGGCUGGUGGGUGCAGACGUUGUUGGUGGUGGACGCGUGCAACUGGCAGAUCGGCCAGCUCUUCAAGAAGCAGUGA